AUGAACGUUUCCGCCAAUUCGACGCCGCCGGCGUCCUCGACUCCGUCUGUUCCCACUGCCGCCGUUUCGGGCGAGGACCCGAUCGACCUCGAAACCACUGGCACGUUUCCAAUCGCAAUUUUUUGUAUAAGCUUAUUUUCUUGUGAAUCUCGUCAGGUGAGGGAAGUGGGGGAAGCAGCUGUGUGGAGCGUGUCAUCAUGCAAACCCGGUUUUGGGGUUGAUCAGCUUAGGGACAAUUGCUUGGAUACUUACUGGCAGUCGGACGGGCCACAGCCACAUUUGGUGAACAUCCAGUUCCACAAGAAGACUUUAGUGGAGAAUGUUUGCAUCUACGCGGAUUACAAGUCGGACGAGAGUUACACACCCAGCAGGAUUUCUGUGAGAACUGGGACACAUUUCAAUGACUUGCAAGAAGUUGAAGUAGUUGAACUGUUGGAACCGAGUGGGUGGGUGAAUAUUUCCUUGGGCAACUCAAAUGGCGGCAGACCCGUGAAGGCGUUCAUGGUGCAAAUUGCUGUGCUGAGCAACCAUCAAAAUGGCAGGGACACGCACAUGCGUCAGGUGCGGGUUCACGCCCCGGGGGUUUCUCUGGCCAAGGCUGUGCACGAAACCCUGCCCUGCUUCACCACCAAUGACUAUGUCCGUCAACUCUAUCCACGCUGACCCUUCAUCAUAUUUCACACUUCCUGCUGCUGCUGAUACUGCUACUUUUGGGGGACACCGGCCCAGUCUUUCUUUCUUUAUUUUAUUUUAUUUUUUCGUUUGGGUUGGAGGGGAAGUGAUUUGAAAGCGCGCAGGGGUAUUUUUUGGUCUUGGUUGGUUGGUUUGCAUAAUGAAUGAGUCGUGCUGAUUCCAUUUGAAGAGAAAACUGUGUUUUGAUAUCGUGAACCAGAAGAGUGACAU